AAACAAUCGAAUUCGAUUGUUCUUUCACAAYUCCGAACAACACAAAGCCAAGCUAAAGCCAAGCCAUUCAAAACAACCACCAACAAACAACAUGAAGGCUAUGCAAUUGCUCUUGUUCACCCCGGCCGUAGCCUCUGCCUACACGCUGCACCACCAACCCCGCAAUCCAUCCUUUGCGGUGGGCCGCGACGCCCAGCGAAGAUCCAGAUCUGCUUCGUCAAGCUCGCAAUCACUAUACCGAAGCGAUGUCGACACUACGACACUCGAUACCAUCACUACCGCUAUGGGUAGCAUCUCGAAGAGAUUACCUCUGAUGCAGCCACCCUCGCCGAAAACAAGCCCAAAACCAUUCAAGAGAAGCAUUUCGGUCCGGGAGGCCGAAGCGGAACACGGCAUGCCUUGGAAGUCCUCCAUCGACACCGAAGUCAAGGACGAUGAACUCUUGUACAUGCCGUUCUGGGAAUGGCAAAUGGACUUUAUGGAAGAGAACCUCACGGAUCUCAAGGUAGUUGAAUGCAAGAACGACAAAGAUACAGAUUUUUCCUACAAUGCAAACGAAAAGAAGAAAGCACGCAUCGUGAAUGUUUGCUUUUCUUCAAAGGAAUACCGCAAGAUUCGCAUGACUUAUUACGACGCUGGUGACAAUACCCAGGUCUACAACGCGGUUUGGUAUCCCAACCCCGAGUACAACCUACCGGUUCUGGGCAUCGAUCUCUUGGCCUUCAACCGAAAGAAGUACCUGGCCAUUGUCGACUUUCARCCCAUCCAUGACAACGAAGAGGACCACGCAUCGCGCUAUGAACACCUUCUCAAGCCCAUCAAGGACAAGUACGAUUCUCUGAAGGGACGCAUGAGCUCUAAGUUCUACGACGAAACCAAGCACUUCUCGCAGCAGAUGCUCUUUGCACGGUUCGAUGACGAACAAGUGGUCUCCCGAGACUUGUUCCCCGCGUUCAAGUCYUACGUAGAAACCCACCUCGAUCUGAUCCGAUCGACGGAGGCCCAACCGGAAGAAGUCGAAACCGUCCUUGCCAAGACCAAGGCCUACGACACGUACUCGGCCGACAGAGAUCCCGCCACCGGUCUCUUUGCCGCCAUGUAUGGAAAGGAAUGGGCGGAGGAUUUUGUUCACGACUUUUUGUUCUCCAUGAGCGAUCGCCCCGCGGAGGGAGCAGCACCUCCAGCCAACCCCUUCAUGGGAGGACCACCACGGGGUGGCCCACCACAGAACCAGGGGCAAAAGGUGCAGAGACCCUAAGCACCGGUGGAUAGCAUGACAUUCAUUUAUCCUCCACACACUGUUGUACCAUUGUGUCCUAUCGGCUCUAAAUACCCUGUACUAUUAACUACUAAUAACAGAUGUAAACUAAC